AUGGCCUUUGACUUCGAUCUUAUACUCUUUCUUGCUUUAGGAAUUCCAGGGUUUCUCCUUGAACUGUUUAAGCAAUUUUCGAAAAUAUCAUCUGGCAAAACAGAUCCACAUUCAAAAUCAAAAGACCAUGGAACAUUUCAUUUCAUCUGGCUUAUCGUCAUUUGCUCAAUGGGUGCUUCAAUUCAUUUUGUCCGUCUAGAAUAUGGUCUAAAGAUCUUCUCUGGUACUUUCUCACGAUGUAUCGUUGCAUUUCCAAUUAGUUUCACUCUAAUCAUGACUGGCCAUUUAAUAAGACGACAAGCUAUUCAACAACUUGGCGAAUGGUUCACCAUGACAGUUCGUGUCAAUGACAAACAGCCAUUGAUUCAAUCGGGAUGGUAUGCAAAAAUGCGGCAUCCAUCCUACACUGGCGUUCUGAUGGUACUCAUUGGUUUAGGAUUGUUGAUCAAUAAUUGGCUUGGCUUAUUUGGUAUUGUGAUACCACCAACAUUGAUAUUUUUAUACCGCAUAUACAUUGAAGAAAAAGAAUUACGAGAGCAUUUUGGAACGACUUACGCUGAGUAUACACAAAAAGUACCAGCGAAAUUGAUUCCUCAUCUAUUUUAA